AUGUCCCAGAUGGAGGAGAUGACUGAGGCACAGAAACUGGCUCGCAGCACUGGUAGCUUCAUGCUGGGCAUGACCCUGGCCAGCUUGUAUGGGGCUCUGGUGCUGCUGGCCCAGGGGCACGAUAUCAGGUACUGCCUGGUCUCCACCAUCAGCCUGGGAGCAAUGCUGGGACUGGGCAUGGCCUUCUCCAUCAGGGCGCGGGUCACUGUGCUGCUGUCGCUGCCCCACAUCUUCACCAAGGAGGGGAAGAUGCUGAUGCUGAUGCUGGCGUUGUGCAUGGCUGUGCAGGGACCCUGCACCAACAUCCUGAACAACUUCUCCCAGUCUGCCCAGUCGCUGGCGUGUGGGGCUGAGCUGGCCCUCAACCAGACAGCUGAGAGGCUGCACCGUGCCCAGGAGCCAUUGAUGAAAAUGCUGAACAAAAUCAAGGAGAUCUCCCAGAAAGCCAAAGUGGUGGGCGACCACGUCCGCAAGUUCUUCCGUGCCAUCAUGGACUCCGUUGGCCACGUGGCCCGAGCCCUGCACAGCGUCUGGAAGUGGCUGGUGAAUGUGGGCAACUUGUGCAAUGAGGAGCUGGGGUCACCGUACCGCCGCUGUGUGCGCCUCUUCGACGAGGCCUAUGAUAACUGCAUGAAGACCAUCCCUUUCCUCUUCUUCCUCUGCUACAUCGUCCCCGCCUUCCGGUUCCUCUGUGGCCUGGCCAACAUUGUCUUCGUGUUCUGCAUCAUCCCGAACUACAUCCAGUCCUUCCUGAAGAGAAACAUUGCAGACCCCCUCAAGAACUCUCUGAACCGUGUCCGCCGGGAGUUUGAGUUCAACAUCACAGCUGUGCACCGCUUUGACAUCAGCCUCAAUGCCAGCAAGAGCCUGGGCGAGGUGGCCAUGGACAUCAUGGAGGGCGUGCACAUGCAGCUGGAGCCUGCCCACAACAUCCUGGCACUCUUCACACACUUCUCCUUCUUAGCCAUCAUCUACAUGUACUUCCAGGCUGUGCGGUACCGUCGCCGGUAUCUGCGGGACGAGACCUUCGACAACGUCUACAUCACACAGAGCUUUGUGGAGCUGGACAUGCGGUGUGCAGAGCAGGGCAAACCCACGGUCCUGCCUCUCUCAGUCUGGGAGAGUGGCCGCUACAUCCUGCCAGGUGGGAUGUGGCUGUCACGGCAGGAGCAGCGCCGGUACGGGCUGGAGCUGGUGGGGGUCCUGCGCCACGUGGUGCUGGGGGUCAGCAUCAUCCUGGCUGACUAUAGCCUCUUCUGGCUGCUUGAGCUGGUCCAGCACCACUUGCAAGGGGAGAUCGUCGCCAGGGCACCGGUGGUGUUGGGCAUCCAUGUCAACGGGAAGGGCUACACCAGCGAGAUCUUCCGGGAUGUGGUCUCUGCCUUCGAUGCGCUGCAGCGCGGCAACGUCUCGGUGCUCUCUCAGCGCUGCCGCCUCCAGCCCAUGGAGCCCGACUACGGCACCUACAUCAACAUGGGACUCCUGUAUGGCACCUGCAUCUUCAUCGCCGUUUUUGGCACCCACGUGGCACGCCUGCGCCGGCUGGUGUGUGCCACUUACUACCCAUCCCGUGAGCAGGAGCGCGUGGCCUACCUCCACAGUGCCAUCCUGGCGCGGCGGGUAGGGCUGGCACGUGCCCUGCGCCAAGCUGUUACCCAGCACACAGCCGACACGGGGCAGAGCAACCUCUUCCUCAUCCUCACCUCCAGGUUCCGCAUCCUUGCCCGGCUGGCCCGGUGCUUGGGCAUCCAGCAGAAACGCUGCCUGGCCUGUGGGGUGUCAGAGCAGCCGGACUUUGUUGCCUGCAUCACACCUGGGUGCAAGGGGCUUUAUUGCAGUGAGUGCUACGAAACCUUGAGCAACACCUGCAUCAUCUGCAUGGGCCCCCUGACCUAUGGGGACAUCAAGGAUGAGGAGAUGGACUCCAGUGAUGAGGAGACAGUGGGGCUGUGGCUGGAGGCGGUGCAGGUGCUGCGGGGCCAGGAGCGAGGGCGGCAGCUGCAGCGGCGGAUCCGGGAGGUGGCCCGGGGCCGGGGGGGUGGCCGCAGGUUGCCCCCUGAGAUGAUGGCCCGGCUGCAGGCCCAGCUGACAGAGGAUGAGAGCGAGGAGAGCGAUGAGGGCAGCACAGACAGCUCACUCUCCAGCCUGGAUUUUGCCUACCAGGAGGAGCUGGAGAGCAGCAGAGACAGUGACCUGGAGGAGGUGAUGGUCCAGCGGCCGCCCAGCAGGAUGGGUGGGGCCAGGUGA